AUGCCUAUAACGGCCACCGUGAUAAUUUUAUUGACGUCAUGGCUUGUAGAAAGUAGUUGCCCACCCCCGGAAAAAAUCUACCCUUGCACAUGCUUUGGUUUCGAGAUGGUCUGCAGCAACAUGCAUAGUCCUGAUGACCUCAUCUAUCCCAUUCAGGCAACAGUAAAUAAAUCUGUAUACUUGCUCCGCAUAUACAAUUCUACGCUGAUGUAUAUACCCAGUGGAAUAUUUCGGGAUACGAAUUACAAAGAGGCCAUUACUAUGCCACUAAUAUCUAGUUUAUCAUUUACGCAGUCAAAGAUUUCCUUCAUUUACGACAAGGCAUUUUCAGCCCUUGAAAAUAUGAUGACUCUGGUUUUGCAGGAUAAUAAAAUCAGCGAGUUGAAGAGAAGUAUGUUUUCGAAGCCAUGCAAUCUUCAAUACCUUGACUUAAGUGAAAAUCAGAUACAGCGUCUUCCAGCAGACUUGUUUGUAGAUAUGCCAAGACUACUUUCCUUAAAGCUUGAAAAGAAUAAAAUUACAACUCUAAGUGAGAGAGAGUUUUCUUUGCCAAUGAAACAAGUGGCUUGGUUGUUCAUAGAAGAUAAUCCUAUACGAUGCGAUUGUCGAAUGCGUUGGAUACUAAACAGCAGAAAGCCAUCUAUCUUUAGGGGUCACUGUACUUACCCAGAAAACCUUAAAGGUGUACCCAUAACCAAUCUCACUACCAGUCAGCUAUGGUGUUAG